ACCAUCAGCUGUUUUCCUUGCUCCCAUUCAACCAACUUCUUUCCCCAAUUGGGGAAAAACAAAACGCAGUAACUACCCAACAUUCAGCACGUGCGGCGUCAAAAAAAAAGACGCACUGCAGCAGGCGAUAAGAGAAGGAGGAACGCAAAUGUGCAGCACCGACUGAGAGGGACAUAAAAUGAACGCAUUGCGCAACAUCUUCACAUCACGAACGCUCAACUAUUUGCGCCAGAAUGGACAGAACGCUAUUCUCAACGCCACCCAGCAGCAGCAGGCAGUGGACGCCGUACCUCUAACCACCGAUCCCGACCAGCUGCUAAAGGCAUCGCGUCCCACACCGCUCUCCAUACCGCGCUCCAUACUCGAUGCGUGCCAGUUUUCGGCCAAACCGUUUGACCUCGGACGCACUGCCUCCGGAAACCAGGGAAAUGGCUCCCUUUCGCCGACAACACUGAAGCGUUUCGGUCGGAUGCAACGCCGGGUGGAGUUAGUAUAUCGUUGCAAGCUGUGCAACACUCGAAAUACGAAGACUAUCAGCGAGGAGGCAUACUACAGCGGUGUUGUAAUCCUGCAGUGUGACGGUUGUGCCGUUGACCAUUUGAUCAAAGAUAAUUUGGGACUCUUCACUGGGAGCGAUGGCGAUAGUAGUAUUAGUUCCGGAAUCAGUACCAGCAAGAAUAUCGAUCAAGUACUAGCUGAUCGGCAUGCUCGGGUCCGAGUGAUCAAGGUAAAUGAGCACGGUGAGCUCAUUUAGAAACUCUAGUCAAGGGGCAUCAGUACAGGAGACAACCUGGUGCCGUCAACCUACGAAUCGUGUCCAAGGAGGACACACUCGAAACGGGAGAAGCACAUUGAACCCAAGCACCCAAGUUACCAAUUACAAACCGGAAUCCCACAUAUUGUUCCGAGCUCAGACGGCUGUAAAUGAUAAUUGUACUGUAAUUGUUGAUUGUUUCGGGCCGUGAGUAAUGCCUAAAAAGUGAUUAAAAGAACGCCCAGUUCGAAAGCUAAAACGUUUAUAAAUAUGACUAAAUCUGUUAUUCCUGUACGGACUAUCUAAUCGGGGUACACAGAAAUGCAAAGGAUGUUAUAUAUUUAAUCAUAAAAAUAUUAAAUUAAAAAGAUAUUUAAAUAUGCAA